AGCCUUUUUCGGAAGAUAGUGAGCGACUCUGCGGUCCUGAGAACGGCAGGGAGCUCGUUCCACUGAGGUCCCAAAACCGAGAAAAGUUGUGACUUUGCUGAUCGACCCGUCAAGAAAGGAAACUCAUCCCGACUGCUGGCGUGAAUCGCGACCCACCGAGUCCAAAGCCGCGGAGUGAGGGGCCCGUGAAUACAGGGCAUUGAAAUGCCAGAAUCGGCCAUAGUCAAAUAUCUCUGCGGGAAUCUCGGAUCCACAAACCGGGAAGAAUUUGUGGCCAACUUAUAUUUCGGUGACGCCUCGACGGUGAACGAGAUCAUCAGCAACCGAGACCGGUUCGCCAACGCGCAUUAUAAUGGAGAGAAGCUUCUGAUCGCCAAGACGGCUCUCCGACUGUGCAGAAGGCUGCUGUGCGCUGGACCUGGAUGCAGCAGUUUACAUCUCUGUAAAACCUACCUGUACGGCGAGUGCCAGUUUGUUCCUGGAAGGCGGUGUUCCUUUUCCCACGACCUCCACUCCGAACACAACGCCAGACUUCUGAGAACACACGGCUUGGAAGAUCUGGACAAGAAGGAGAUAUGCGUGUUGCUGCUGCAGAACGACAUGGCCCUGCUGCCCGAUGUGUGCUUCGACUACAACAAAGCCGGAUGCCAGGAGGGCUGCCAAAGGAUCCACAUCUGUUAUAACUACCUGCGUCGUAACUGCUGCUGCUCGCUGGCCCACGACUUCUACGAGCCGCAGCCCUUCGAGGUGCUGCAGAAGAGACGCAUCCCCAUCAGCCUGAUGGCUUCCAUGAAGCCGCUGUACAUCAACAAGGAGGUCCUGAGUAGCAUCGAGCACAAGGCCAAGCAGGCCGGACGGGCCAAUCAGGUCCCUGGGGCCGUUGGAGCUAUGGGUGGUGCUAUGGGUGGUGUCGGUGGUGCUGGUGGUGCUUUUGCUAUCGGAGGAGCUAUGGGUGGUGCUCCAAGAGGUGGAGCUGGUGGAAUGAGAAGACCGCCUCGAGAUAAAACCGAGAUUUGCCUGUACUUCCUUAAAGGCACCUGUAGACACACCAUAGAAAGGUGUUUCCGAGCUCAUUGCAGGCUGCCUUACAGCUGGGAAGUUCUGGAGGGCCAUCAGUGGACGCUGCUGGAUAGCUCAGAGAAGAUAGAAGAGGAUUACUGUAACCCCAAAAAGACAUACAGCACGGUGGAUGUAGAAGCGGUGUGCUUUGACACCAUGACGCGUGGACUCCAGAAGGUCCGGCGUCUCUCCUCCAUCUCCUCAGUCCUCCAGCCCACCUUCCUACUCACCACCGAGUGGCUCUGGUACUGGGAGGAAGAGGAUGGGAACUGGAACCAGUACGAUUCACCGACCAACAGCAGCACAGAGCUGGAGCAGCAGUUCCAGAACAACCCCCAGGAGGUGGUGCAGUUCACCGCAGGGUCCCAUGCCUACACACUCAGCCUCCAGGACAUGAUCCAGACCAAUAAGAGUUACGGCACCAAGAGGGUGGUGAGGCGACGGCCUCGCUUCCUGUCCUCCGCCGACAUGCAGGUCAUCAGGACAAGUAGUAGGCCUCCAAAUGGUCCAACAAAUUUCCAAGCUAUGCCAAGACACUGGGACAGGACCCAGGUUCCUGAGACUGGACACAAGAAAGUUCUGCUGCAAGAUUUGUCUGAAGAAUACAAGGAGACGGAGACACUGUUUCGUCAGACGAUGACCGACUUUGACAUUGUGAAGAUCGAGAGGAUUCAGAACAAGAGUCUCUGGGACCACUUUCAGUUGCAAAGGGAACAAAUGAAGAUGAGGAAUGGGGGUCGUUACGUGGCCGAGAGGAAGCUGUUCCACGGCACAGACUCCAAGUUCAUCGACGCCAUCUGCAGCUCAAACUUUGACUGGAGGAUCUGCGGAACCCAUGGGACCGCCUACGGCAACGGCAGUUACUUCGCCCGGGACGCCAGCUACUCCCACAACUACACCGGGAACGCCGCGACGGUCCGCUCCAUGUUCGUGUCCCGGGUGCUGGUGGGCCACCACACCCGGGGCGAGGCCGGCUACGUGCGCCCGCCCUCCAAGGACGGCGGGGACACCCUCUUCUACGACAGCUGCGUCGACGACAUCCACUCGCCCUCCAUCUUUGUCGUCUUCGACCGGCCUCAGAUCUACCCGGAGUUCCUGCUCACGUACAAGGAGAAUGCUGCGGUCGUGGACGACUCGUUGUCCUGGUUACUGGCCGCCGCCGCGCUGGUGGUGAAACCCACGCCUGUGGUCAUACCCAGGCCUGGGGUGAAACCCACGCCUGGGUUGAAACCCAGGCCUGGGUUGAAACCCACGCCUGUGCCCAGAACCAAGCCCCCUCAGCAGUUCUCCGGCACUUUCUCGUACUUGAAUGGCGUCCCGCCACCACAGGCCUACAACCCAACCCCCCCCCGGCCACGCAUGUGCCCAGAGCCACGCCGCUCAGAGGUUUGGCUUACCCAACCCCCCCCCGGCCACGCAUGUGCCCAGAGCCACGCCGCUCAGAGGUUUGGCUUACCCAACCCCUCCCCGGCCACGCAUGUGCCCAGAGCCACGCCGCUCAGAGGUUUGGCUUCUGAGUGCGCUUCCACGUACUCAAAAGCCGUCCCUCUGUCCAAGCCCUACUACCCAUUCACAACAGGCCAACCCCCCCCCCCUUACGGCUACAGGGACCCGCCCCCAAAGGACGACGACGACUUCUACAACACCUUUGGAUACGAGCGCUGCGUUCGCAAAAGCUGGAACGAGGACAGCUCGGACGAGGACAGAUGGGGCGAGGACAGAUGGGGGAAUGAUGCAUCUCCGCCACCAGAGGGCGCCAGAGCGCUGGAAGAACUGGUUGCCAACUGUGUAUUCGGAGACGCCUCGACGGUAAACAAGAUCAUUAGCAACCGAGACCGGUUCGCCAACGCGCCUUAUAAUGGAGAGAAGCGUCUGAUCGCCAAGACGGCUCUCCGACUGUGCAGAAGGCUGGUGUGCGCUGGACCUGGAUGCAGCAGUUUACAUCUCUGUAAAACCUACCUGUACGGCGAGUGCCAGUUUGUUCCUGGAAGGCGGGCCGAGUGUUCCUUCUCCCACGACCUCCACUCCGAACACAACGCCGGACUUCUGAGAACACACGGUUUGGAAGAUCUGGACAAGAAGGAGAUAUGUGUGUUACUGCUGCAGAACGACAUGGCCCUGCUCCCCGAUGUGUGCUUCAACUACAACAACGCCGGAUGCCAGGAGGGCUGCAAAAGGAUCCACAUCUGUGAGCAAUACCUGCGUCGUAACUGCUGCUGCUCGCUGGCCCACGACUUCUACGAGCCGCAGCCCUUCGAGGUGCUGCAGAAGAGCCGCAUCCCCAACGACCUCAUGGCGUCCAUGAAGCCGCUGUACAUCAACAAGAAGGUCCUGAGUAGCAUCGAGUACAAGGCCAAGCAGGCCGGACAGACCAAUCAGGUGCCUGGGGCCGGUGGAGCUGGUGGUGUUGAUGCUGCCGUUGCCAUCGGUGCUAUUGGUGCCGCUGGUGGUGGUGGAGCUGGAGGUGUUAUCGGUGGAGCUGGAGCUCCAGGAGGUGGAGCUGGUGAAAGGAGAAGACAGCCUCAAGAUAAAACCGAGAUUUGCCUGUACUUCCUUAAAAGCAAAUGCAUCCACACCGUAGAAAAGUGUUUCCGAGCUCAUUGCAGGCUGCCUUACAGCUGGGAAGUUCUGGAGGGCAAUCAGUGGACGCUGCUGGACAGCUCAGAGAAGAUAGAAGAGGAUUACUGUAACCCCAAAAAGACAUACAGCACGGUGGAUGUAGAAGCGGUAUGCUUUGACACCAUGACGCGUGGACUCCAGAAGGUCAGGCGUCUCUCCUCCAUCUCCUCAGUCCUCCAGCCCACCUUCCUACUCACCACCGAGUGGCUCUGGUACUGGGAGGACGAGGAUGGAAUUUGGAACCAGUACGAUUCACCGACCAACAGCAGCACAGAGCUGGAGCGGAAGUUCCAGAACGACCCCCAGGAGGUGUUGGAGUUCACCGCAGGGUCCCAGGCCUACACACUCAGCCUCCAGGACAUGAUCCAGACCAAUAAGAGAUACGGCACCAAGAGGGUGGUGAGACGACGGCCUCACUUCCUGUCCUCCGCCGACGUGCAGGUCAUCAGGACAAGAAGGCCUCAAAAUGGUCCAACCAAUGUCCUAGUUAUGCCAAGACACUGGGACAGGACCCAGGUUCCUGCGACUGGACAUAAGAAAGUUCUGCUGCAAGAUUCGUCCGAAGAAUACAAGGAGGUGGAGACGCUGUUUCGUCAGACGAUGACCGACUUUGACAUCGUGAAGAUUGAGAGGAUUCAGAACAAGAGUCUCUGGGACCACUUUCAGUUGCAAAGGGAUCAAAUGAAGACGAAGAACGGGGGCCGUUGCGUGGCCGAGAGGAAGCUGUUCCACGGCACAGACUCCAAGUACAUCGACGCCAUCUGCAGCUCAAACUUUGACUGGAGGAUCUGCGGAACCCACGGGACCGCCUACGGCAACGGCAGUUACUUCGCCCGGGACGCCAGCUACUCCCACAACUACACCGGGAACGCCGCGACGGUCCGCUCCAUGUUCGUGUCCCGGGUGCUGGUGGGUCACCACACCCGGGGCAAGGCCGGCUACGUGCGCCCCCCCUCCAAGGACGGCGGGGACACCCUCUUCUACGACAGCUGCGCCGACGACAUCCGCUCGCCCUCCAUCUUUGUCGUCUUCGACCGGCCUCAGAUCUACCCGGAGUUCCUGCUCACGUACAAGGAGAAGGCGUCGGCCUCGGAUGACUGGUCCUGGGUGACGGCCCCUGCCGCGCCCGUGGUGCAGCCCGCGCCCGUGGUGCAGCCCACGCCCGCGCCCAGAGCCACGCCUGCGAGGGCGUACGGCAACCCUUCCUCGUUCUUGAACGCCGUCCCUCCGCCACAGCGCUACGCCCCCUCACCGCAACCCUACGUCAGCCCCCCGCCUACGAGAUACAGCCCCCCGCCCCCGACGUACCCCAGCCCGAAGCCGAAGCCAAAGGACUCAUGUGUGGUGUGCUAGGGCGGGGCAGGCAGUGUUGGCAAAGUUCACUUUCUACAUGAACUAGUUCCAAGUUCAGUUCACAAUUUUUUUAUAUCCCACUUUAUAUCCCCCCCAAUUUUUUUAUAUCCCACUAAGAAAAUAGUUCACAAAACUAUUUUCUUAGUUCAAAGUUCCAACAAUUAACUACCGGUCGUUCAUAAUAAUUUUUUCAAUAUGUUGCUGAAAGCUAUUAUUUUUCAAAAUUAUGGCCACAGCCCAUAUAGAACCACAGACAGCAAUUAUUUGAUCAGUUUUUAACCCUGAAACUAUGCGUCAGAUUUCAUCUUCAUAUCCAAUUUUGAAUCCUUAUCCAACCAGGGUUUACAUUAGCAUUUAGGGGACAGCCUUUCCCCACUGAUGCUUUAACGCUUGGUUGUUGUCCAAUCAGUCCAUACUGGCCGCUGCAGCUUUCACCCCUACAGUAUAUUCUCAAAAACAUGAGGAAAAACUUGCUGUCUUUUUAAAUGAGGAAUUAUUAUAUUAUUUAUUUUAUAAGAAAAACAGGAAAGAAUUCCUUAGGGUGCAAUAAUAAUUUUCCAUUUCAAAUUCUAUUUCACUACAUACUUAAAAGGAAUACUUGUAUCCUCGAAAAGACAGGUUAAUCAAACUAGUUUUGCUGAACGAGUGUGUUACGAGUGGCGGGGCGUGCACUUAUUUAACAUGCCCGCGGUAUUCAAAGAAUAGGAAUAUUUAAAUAUUCUAUGAAACUUAAAACUGAACCAUUUAUUCGUUAGAGUUGGAUUUAUACUCAAUGCAGGAACACUAUUGGAGGGGUUUGGACGAACAUUGGAACUAAAUGAAUUGUUUGGAGUGCCGCGGCAGAACGAAUCAAGGAAUGAGUGCAGUUAGCAGUUUUUUGCCCAUAGAAGGCAAAUCCGUUAAACAUAGACUGUUAAACAAUAUCCCCCCGACCUCAGAGAUAAUCAGAACAGCUGGUCAGGUGAAAUUAAUUGAUCCACAGAAUAAAAACAUCCUUAUUUUUACAUG